UAGACUCCUCAUUCCAAAAAAAAACGCAAUUUAUGCGUUGGGUAGUUCUUUAAUAAGGUGUUACCGCUACUACGACAAUGCCUACAACAAAGGAUUUAACGUUGACUUACGAUGCACUUAACGAGGAAAGGACGUUUUCCGAGGGAGACACUUUAACGGGCACAGUGACGAUGUGUUUGAAAAAAGACACGAAAGUUAAAUCCUUUUUCGUCAAACUUAAAGGCGACGCAAAUGUGCGUUGGAGCCAAGAGAUUGGUGAAAACCAACUCAUUCAUACUGCACACUGGAGGUACUUUAAACUUAAACAAUAUUUGAUUCCUGAAAACACUAAAGACACUGAAAUCUCCAAGGGAAAUCACUCGUAUAAAUUCAGCUUCAAAAUUCCAUCCGGGAGUAUGCCCUCAUCCUUCUGCGGGUUGUUUGGUAAGAUCGUCUACAAGUUGGAAGCCAAGCUUUCAAUGAGCUGGAGGUUGGACAGCAAUGUAAAACAGGAGAUCAACUUUGCAUCGAAGGCCAUUUCGAACUUCAGCCACCUGAUGACCCGCCAGGUUGGCCAAGUCGAUAAAGACAUAGGAAUCUUCUCCAAAAGAUCCGUACACAUGGAGGUGUUUGUGGAGAGCGGAGUCUACGCCCCGGGUCAAACUGUGGCAGUUACUGUUAAAGCCAAAAACACAUCCUCAAAAGACGCGACCCCCAAGUUCUCUUUGAAUCAGUAUGUUACGUACCGUGCGCACGGCUUUACAAAGUUCAGUUGUGGUGAAAUCUGUAAGUUAGUUGGGGAGGUUAUUGAGAAGGAAAGUGAAAAAACAGUCACUUGUGCAUUGAAGAUCCCUCCUGACACGAUCCUAUCCAUCCAGAACUGUGAAAUCCUUUCAGUUGAAUAUAAUUUUAAGGUGUACUUGGACAUCAGCUUUGCCACAGACCCAGAGAUCAAUUUUCCACUGGUCAUUGCCCCUUCCGGCUCCAUGUUAAACCCAGGGCCCGGGGGAAUGAACCAGCCGUACCCCCCUGUAGCAUACGGGGGCCCAAGCAACAGCGACAAUCCUCCCCCCGCCGCCUGCUUUCAGCCAGCUCCGCAUCAGCAGGCCUAUGGUCCCUCAGCAGGGACCAUAGGCCUGCUGAGCGACCAUAGGCUGAGGGACCAUAAGCCCCUCAGCCUAUGGUCCCUCUUGGGGGGCUUCGGCCGCUCAGCAGCCUUCGGGCCCCAAGCAGCCUUCGGGUCCCAAGUAGCCUUCGGGUCCCAAGCAGCCUUCGGGCCCCAAGCAGCCUUCGGGCCCCAAGCAGCCUUCGGGCCCCAAGCAGCCUUCGGGCCCCAAGCAGCCUUCUGGCCCCAAGCAGCCUCCAUGCCCCCAGCAGCCUCCGGGCCCCCAGCAGCCUGGGGCCCAGGCCCCGCUGCGACUGGUGCCGUGGGAGCAGCUUACUACCAGCACGUGCCACAGAACAAGUCUCCGUAUGGACCCCCGGCCCAGCCCUCAGCGCAACCCCCAGUUCUCCAGGGCCCUCCUCCACCGGCGGCUCCGGGGGCUCUGCCCUCUGCGCCGACGUUCGGCCCCGGCCAGUACGCCCCGCCGUCGUUGGCCUCCUGCUACAACGGCCCCACGUAUAGCAUGCCACCGCAAAUGCCGGGGAUGGGCACCGAUUUUCUAUCCCGACAAAAUGAAGAACCUCCUUCAUAUCUGUCUAUAUUCCCCCCGGUAACCAACGAUAAACCGCCAAAAUAAUUGAACAGAAAGCGCUGAUGAUUCAAUAUCCCUACAAUGGACCAGUUUAUAUUGAAGACUAUUCAGCCAUGCAUGUAUGGCAGAAAUGUGUGACACAUUUGAAAAUAUAAGAAUUUUAAUUAUUAUACACUAUACGUAUAAAUAAAGUAUGAUCAGUAUCAUGCCUACAUGCUACAUGAAAGGGUGGAAAAACUGUUGGACUUACUAAUAUUAAUCGUUCGUUUUAAAUAAUCCUGUAUCGUCGACAUUUCCUGUUCUCUUUUCUUUCACUUUCCAGGAAACAAGGUCCUACUGAACUUGGGGCAUUAUGAUAUGGUUGAUCACCCACUCUUUGCUUAUUCAAAAAUCAAAUCCCUUAUAUGAUCCCUUCACUUGCCAUUUAACAUUUCUUUACAUCUGAAACUGUGUCUUUAUGAAAACAUAAUUUCAACCUCACUUUGCACUAACCACAUUUUCUGUUUAGUUAAAGUGUUAAAGGCGGGUUAUCUACCACCAGGACAGGCAAUGGCCAGGAAGUUUUGGGGGUCUCUGUGAGUGGCUAAACUGUGUGUGUGUGUGUGUGUGUGUGUGUGUGUGUGUGUGUGUGUGUGUGUGUGUGUGUGUGUGUGUGUGUGUGUGUGUGUGUGUGUGUGUGUGUGUGUGUGUGUGUGUGUGUGUGUGUGUGUGUGUGUGGUUAAGCUGGUUGCGAACUUGGUGGAAUCGCUAGUGCAUCCGGUCCCAGACCGGAAGUUGUGGGGGCUCUGUGAUUGGUUAAACAGUGCGUGGGUGUGUGUUCUUUGUCAAACCAAUUUGUAUUAGUUUCCUAACUUGUUUGAGAGUAAUAAAAAAGUCUAUGUCUUU